AUGGGACUAAGAAACGACGAUGCCAUUCGCCCUCGAACUCAUCCUGCAGACGAUGCAUUUCCUGCAGAACUUCACAAUCGUAAGGUGCCAAGAUCUGUCCUUCGAGUCUGUCGUCGUGCAGGUAACGUUCCCCAAAUGAAGGUAGGGAGCGAUCCGCCUAGGUAUGAGAAAUGCGAGGGCGAAGGAGAGCGGGGCCUGGCAAAGGUACGCACCAACAUGGAAAGGAAGGACUGGACUCUUGAAAAGGGUUACCGCGAGGACGGAAUCACCACGAAAUUUACAUAUGAUCAUGAGACGAACGCAUACAUCUUCUUUGGAGAGGGUAUGGCCAUCAAACUAUGA